AUGGAUCGUGAAGUAAAAGAAGAAAGGAACCCUGAUGCCCAAGAAACACCCUUUGUUGCUAAGAUGCAAACGCAUAGAAAAGAAGAGAACAAUAAAAGUAAUAUUGCAGUUAAAGAAGAAAACGCUGUUUCAAAAAAUGGACAAGAAAAUGUUCCUUUAAAAAAUUCAGAAGAUAGGCAGGAAGUAUUGAAGAAAGAAGACAAUGAGAUAAACCAAAACAAAGAGUUUGAUGAUAUUAUUAUUGAGAAUGAACAUAACGAAAAUAGAAACAUCUCAACAUCCACUCUUUCGAGUUUUUUCAGAGAAUAUGAGGAAGAUUCUGUGGAACAACAUUUUUUUUCUGAGGGCACGCAUACAGAAAAUUCCAUGGAAGGUUCAAAUAAUGUAGAAAAUAGUGCGAAUGCUGUUACAAAUGGUGUUUUAAUGUCUAACAGAAGUACAAGUUAUUCUAAAAAGAAAAACGAAUUAACAUCUGUAACUUGUUAUGUAUGUGGAGAAACUGUAGACUUAAAAAUUUGGAGAGAUCAUAUAUAUGCUCAUAAUUGUGAUAGGGAAAGUACACGUGAAAUAUAUUUUUCUAAUGAAAAAAGAAAUAACAGAAAUGUUUAUUGCUGUAAAAAAGAAGAAAAUAAUUUGAAUUGUGAUGUUGAUAAAUGUACAAAGAAACAGAACACAAAUAUCAGCAGUUCUUCUUUAUCUAGUUCUUCUAAUGAUUCAUAUGCUAGUUUGAAUGAAUUAUAUAGGAAUAUUAAUAAUGAAAGGCAAAAAAAGAUCGCACAUAACCAUAAGAAGGACGAUAAAGACACAAUUUUGAACGUUAGUAACAGUACUAAUGAUGAUAACACAAAAGGUACUAAUAGUUGUGAUAAUGUCCGUAAUAAUUUCGAAAGAGAAGACAUAGAAAAAGUGAAAACGGAUUAUAACGACAAUUCUAAAAGUGAUACGUAUGGAUACAAUACUUCUCUAAGUAGUAGAAAUGAAACUACAGAAAUAAAGAAAUCAAGAAAUGUUGAUGAGAAGAGAAAUUCUCAAGGUAUUAAUUUACCAGGUGCUGAAAAUUCAAAGGAAGUCAUCCAAAUUAGUAAAUCAACAAAGAAUGAAGAAAAUAAUAAUGAACAUGGUAAUAAAGAAAAAAAAGAAGAAAAAGAAGAAAUAACACAUCAAUUAGGAGAUUCUAUUGAUAAUAAUUCACCCACUAAUCAUUAUAGGAAUGAAAAUAACACCAACAAUAAGAAUAGACAUAACAAAAAUAAAAGUAAUAAGAAUAGACAUAACAACAACAACAGCAAUGAUAAUAGACAUAACAACAACAACAACAAUGAUAAUAGACAUAACAAUCACACUAACGAACCUUCUGGUAAUAAUAUGUUAAUGUAUAGAAGUAAUACAGGAAAUCCCAAUAGUCAUACAAUUAAUUCUUUAAAUAGAGAUAUGUUUCCUUACAACAGAUUAAUAUCUGUUAUUAGAAACGAACCACUCUCUCAUAAUCAAUAUUUUACAAUGAACAAUUCACAUUCUAAAAGAAUGUGUAAUGUUAAUGCUGGUAAUAAUUCAAACGAUUAUGAUAAUAAUAGAAAUAGAACUUCUAAUAGACAAAAUUAUUCAGGUGGAUAUAACAAUAUAAAUACUAAUAGAGAUAGUAAUAAAAUUGAAAAUAAUAAUACCAAUGGAGAUAGUAAUAUAAAUAUAAAUAGUAAUACCAGUAGAAAUAGUAAUACCAGUAGAAAUAGUAAUACCAAUAGAAAUAGUAAUCCUAAUAGAAAUCAUAUUAUCUAUAGAGAUGGUAAUACCUGUAGAAAUAGUAAUACCUGUAGAAAUAGUAAUACCUGUAGAAAUAGUAAUACCUGUAGAAAUAGUAAUACCUGUAGAAAUAGUAAUACCUGUAGAAAUAGUAAUACCUGUAGAAAUAGUAAUACCUGUAGCGAUAGUAAUAUCUGUAGCGAUAGUAAUAUCUGUAGAGAUAGUGAUACCUGUAGAUAUAGUAAUCCUAAUAGAAAUCAUGUUAUCUAUAGAUGUGGUGAUAUUAAUAUUAUGUUAAAUUAUAAUGAUCUUAUACCUAGAACUAUAAUAUAUGAAUAUAGAAGUAAUGAAAAUACGGUCAUUCUUAGUGUACCAAGUGAUUCAAGAAAUUAUUAUGGAUACGAAUUAAACCUUGAAGAUACCUUUGAAAAUUCAGAACAAAGAAAUGUGAAUUCAAGACGUAAUAACAAUAUGAAUAAUAUGUCAUUCAUUUUUAGAGAUGGAAAUAAAUUUUCAUGUGUUACUUAUGAUAAGGAUAAACCAGAACAUUCUAAUUUGAAAACAUGUUGUAUUUGUUAUGAAAAUUAUAAACAUAAUGAUAAUAUCAUAUUUUUACCAUGCACACACUGUUUUCAUAAGAAAUGCAUUCUCAAAUGGAUAAGAAACAAAUUCACAUGUCCAAUAUGUAAUAUAAAUAUUCUACGUUAUAAGUAA